AUGACGCAAAAGUCCGAGGCGAAAGACGAGGAGAAGCUGUCGAAGGUGGUGCUCCGUUUGAUGCGCACCUUCGAUAAGGAGGUCUCCCGGGUCGGCACGAUAGAAGAAGCUUCGUCCAGAGCCCUAUUGAGUUGCGUAGCCCGGCAUGCUCUCGACGACUUUGACCACGAGACGAGACGACUUCUGCCAAGGGAUACAGUGACCGCAGAGCGAGCGCGACUCAAGAAUUAUGUUCAGGGCACCGUUGAGCGGGAGACGAAGGCUGUCAAGGACCGAAUCGACUCCGAGCGCAGAACACGGGAAGCGGACGCCGGGAGGCGCAAGAUGAUCGCCGCCGAAUUUGUGCCCCGUUUGGUCAAGGAUCAGAAGAAAGACAAGGGGCUCUUCAGCGACAAGGAUGAGGACACGUUCAUCCGCAUGGAGAAGCACAAUUUGAUGCAAAAGGCGGCGACCGAUCGGUCGAGGCCGAGGGCUCGGCAGGCAGCUGGUCAACGGCCCCGGAAUGCAUUCGGUUUCUCGGAAUUUGACGACGCUCUCGAUGGGCUGAUUUCGCAGCGGCGACCAGAUGAAUUUUUUAAUGGAGAUGUUAACAAAAAACGG